CUUGGCUUGGUCAGCCAAAAUCGAGUCAUACAUCCGUGAAUUCGACCUGGUCAAAGUGGGAAGAAAUGCCACUAUUGGGCACCCUCUAAAGUGCAGAAAGUUCUCUCAAUCCAACGAAGAAUGUCCCAAGAUGAAGUUCCGUCCCAUUGUUGUUGGAAACAACUGCAAGAUCUCUGGGAUGGUUAGCCCUGGUGCAAUCAUUGGCGAUGGCAGCAAGGUGGAGAAAUUGACUGUUGUAGAAGAGGGUGCUGACCUACCAAAUGACGUCCUUGCCAAGGGAAUUCCUGCCUAUAGCUCUGGGACCCACCAUUAUUCAGAACUCAUCCAAAAGGAGGAAACAGCUUUGGGUGCCUUCAAGAUUGUUUGGACUCUUAUUGAAGCUUACCACUUUUUCCCACUUUCCUUCCUGGUCCAUACAUUUCUCAAUCAAAUCUUGCCAUCAUGGCGCUAUGCAACUAUUCUGCAUUGGAUCUUGCUUGUUCCAACCUCCUCUUUCCUUGCCCUUCUUACAAGCAUGGCUCUCAAAUGGCUUCUGAUUGGGAAACGAGAUCCAUCAGAUGACUAUGAAAUGGUUCACUGUAUCGCCGAGCAACCAAUUGGGCAUGUGAUUUCCAUUUCCGUGUAG